UUGAGUAGCAACGAAAAGGUGUUGAAAAGUAACUGUGUAGGGAAUAUUUAAUUCUAAUUUACAGACAGUUUUUUAUUUAGUACAGAAGAAUCAAAGAGUAUUUUUUUUUCUAUAAUUUUACAUUUCUAUUUUUUUUGCGUUCGAUCCUGUCGUUUUUUAAAUCUUAUGUUAUUUAAUUGAAUCCUUCUGGCGUUGAAUUUUUACAAAAUAAGAUGGCAAUAUUGGAAGAAGAUAUAUCUUUCAUAUCCCUCGUAAAUAUUUUUUAAUAACAUUAACUCAAAAGUAGUGUGAGACAAAAUGUCAGCUGACAUUAGUUUGUUCGAUUUGGUGAACCUGUCGAUCGGGACACCUGAAGUUGGAGCUGUCAACUUCAAUGCGUUGCAUACCCUCCUCCACGCUAUCCUGGGACACCUGAAAAUCCAAACUGUGACCACCGACUGGAGAGAGCAGGAUGCCCCGCCACAGGAGCCCCAUGGCCCGCAUCUGACCAAGUCCUCUAGCCGGUACCAUCACAUGGAAGACAAACUUCGGCAGAUAGAGAGACAGAUGGCCGCGCUGGAGAAGCUUCCUAGCGGUACCGAUCUUCUGAGCCGCACUGCCUCAACCACAACACCGGUCAACGACUUGUGGCAGCUGAUGCAGCUCCGCCGCAAGGCUCAGGCGAGUGAGGACGGCGUGUCCAAGUCUAUGUCGCUGAUCCAGGAUCUGCUGAAGGAGAUCCAGGACCUGAAGGAGUCCAGAGACGACCUGAAGAAAGAGGUCAAGAGCCUCCAGAACCAACUCAACCAGCUGAAUAUGAGUGAGCUGGUUGACAGAAUUAACGAAGUGGAAAAGUACUGCCACCGACUGGACAACCUGGACUCUGCCACCAAAGAGCUGCAGGACAGAGUUGGGCGUUACCCAGACCCAGACGAGCUCAUCCAGUGUGUGACCUGGGACAUCAUGCAGAGCACCUUGGUUAGCGAGCAACAGAAUCUGCAAAAGGAAAUCAGGCACUCAGUCCCUGUCCCCACAUCAGUUGUCAUGACCACCAUGACUCUUUUCAGCGCCUCUGCCAAUGCCAACACUGGAGCUGCUGCCUUCACUCCUGGCACUAUGGACAACCUGCGAGGCAUGCUGGAGGACAUGAUGGCGUCCUCCUCCUCGCUGCUCUCCCAGAGCCUCCAGCAGGAGCCCCAGGGGUCAGAGCAGGGCCAGGGCAGCGGUCAGGCAGGCGGGCAGCAAGGCUCCACGUGCCCCUCCUGCUCUGUAGACGUGAGCAGGAAGGUCAGCCAGCUGUUCCAGCGCUAUGAGAAUCUGCAGGGUCUGGUUAGCAGAUUCAUGAAUCAGCAGGGAGGAGGCAGACCUGGAGCAGAGAGCUCGGAGCUGAUGAAUGACGUUCAGGGAGCCAUCAUGCAGCUGCAGGCUGAGUGUGAGAAGCUCCACYGCACAGCCAACCACCUGAUUGAGGAGCACAGCCAGAAACAGGUCCACAUCGACCAUCUGUACAAGUCCAUGGAAGAACUGGACGAGAAGAAAGCUGACAAAGAGCUUGUGGAGAUGGAGAUUGAAAUCAAAGCAGACAAGCGUGCCCUGGAGACCAAGGUGAGCCGCAUGCAGUUUGACUCCAUGACAGAGGAGCUCAACACCAUGUUCCAGGAGCUGCUCAGCAAGAUCACCGGCCAGGAGCAGGACUGGCACAAAAUCAUCGACAAAAUCUCCACCGAGAUGGAGUGCAAGCUGGACCGGAUUGAGCUGGAUCCUGUGAAGAAGCAGCUAGAGGACCGCUGGAAGAGCAUCCGUAAGCAGCUGCAGGCCCAGCCUGCCCCGAAGGAGGACGACGCUGCAGGCAUCAGGAAACAACUUGUGGCAAGGUUCCACUGCAUCUCCUGCGACCGCCCAGUUGAUAUGCUUACCCCAGGACCGCACUUGGUCACCGUGCCCUCCACUCCUGGCCUACCCUCCCACAAGUCCAACCGACCGUACACCAUCUAUGAGCUUGAGCAGGUUCGCCAGCACUGCAGAAGCGAGCGCAUCCCUGAGAUGGCGGACUACAGUUACCUGGCCAUGUCCCGGAGCUGUGGAGGCAGCCACACCGUGACCUACCCCAAACGCCGCUACACCCGCCUGCAGCACAUCAGCCACUUCAUCCAGGCUGAGGAGGAGACACCGCCCAUCUCCAGCUCCCCACUGCGCAUUCAGCCGGAGGAGGUGGACAUCCUGGGAUUGGACGGACAUAUCUACAAGGGCCGCCUGAAAACCAGAUCAGUCAAGACUGUGGAUGCCAGACUACCAACCAUCUUUCCUAAAGACGGCAUGUGCAAGAGCAAAGACAAGAUCAUGCGCUCCCAGUUCCAGAAGCCUGGCUGCACAGAGCCGGGCUGUGUGACCCCUGUGCGACCCCAGAGUGCCAAGARCCAGCGCAGCRGCUCAGCCUCAGGCAGCUCUGUGCGGGAUCGGCCCAUGUCUUCUUUAGGCUGCCUGUCCCAGGCUACCCUUCCCCAGAGCUCGUCCCAUGCUGACACCACCAGUGAGCUGCUGCAGCAAGAUCUGGUGCUUCACGUGGACCUGAGCCAAUCGGAGGAAGAGCCCGUCAUCAUCCUGUAG